AAUCAAACAAAUCGAAUCUCGAAAACUCUACAAUCACUUAGUAACAACAACAACAACAUCAUCAACAUCUCUACCUACAACAACUUCAGAGAGAGAGAGCGCGCCCAUAAAAAAAACAACAACAACAGUUACAGAAACGAAGGGAGCCAAGUAACAGUACCGUUAGAAGCAGUUAACGAAAUGAAUAUGAGUGGUGCCUGAGAAAAGAAAUGCCGUAGGAAUUACAAUUACAAGAGAAUCUGAUACGCAAGAACGGCAGACCACAAUACAGAGACAUAAGAGAGCGUACGCCAGAAGAAGACAACACCAACACCAACAACAACAACAGCAGCCGCACCUGACGUACAACAACAACUACCACCAGUCGACAACAAUUAAAGAGAGUGUCUUCUUCACUCUCUUUUUGAAUGUGUGUGGGGCUCGUUCGCCAAAAAUAUAUCAAGUAGCAGAGAGAGAGAGUGGGAGAGAGAGAUUGACAAGCAAACAACAACCAACCUAACGGCACCCAUCCAUCAUCAGCAGCAGGCCAGCUGAGAGCGCUGAGCGCCAGAGGCAGGAAACAAGCUGCUCUCUCUUAAUCUCUCUACGAAAAUUCUGCGAGACGCUCCCCCCCUUCCCACGCACGCACAGACACACACACACAAACCAUCACAACAAAGUGAACGGUUAUUUUUUUUGAUAGAUCGAUAGAAGUGCUAUCGAUAAACGUGUAUAUAUAUAACUAUAUAUACAAACAGAAAGAGGAAGAGCACGCAGAGUAUUUUGUUGAAUAAAAUACUCGUGCCCCAAACAAACUCAGGAUAUGUACGGAAACAAUAAUCCGGGUAGUAACAAUAAUAACGGUGGUUAUCCCCCAUACGGUUACAACAAGUCGAGCGGUGGGCGUGGAUUUGGCAUGUCGCAUUCACUGCCAUCUGGAAUGGAUACAGAAUUCUCAUUUCCAAGUUCCUCGUCUCGUCGCGGUUACAAUGAGUUUCCCGGCGGCGGUGGCAUUGGCAUUGGUGCCAAUGGCGGCAGUGCCAAUAAUCUUGGCGGCAAUAUGUGCAACCUGCUGCCAAUGACCAGCAACAAUUCGCUUAGCAAUCUGUGCGGACUGUCGCUGGGCAGCGGCGGCAGCGAUGAUCACAUGAUGAUGCACGAUCAGCGAUCCAGCAACACCAAUCUGAUUGUGAACUACUUGCCCCAGGAUAUGACUGAUCGCGAGCUGUACGCCUUAUUCAGAGCCAUUGGACCCAUCAACACGUGCAGAAUCAUGAGAGACUAUAAGACUGGCUACAGUUUUGGUUAUGCUUUCGUGGACUUCACGUCGGAAAUGGACUCACAGCGCGCCAUCAAAGUUCUGAAUGGCAUUACGGUGCGCAACAAGCGGCUAAAGGUUUCUUAUGCUCGUCCUGGCGGUGAAUCCAUCAAGGAUACCAAUCUGUAUGUGACCAAUCUGCCGCGCACCAUUACCGAUGAUCAGCUGGACACGAUCUUUGGCAAAUACGGUUCCAUUGUGCAGAAGAAUAUCUUGCGUGACAAGCUGACGGGUCGGCCGAGGGGCGUGGCAUUUGUGCGCUAUAACAAACGGGAGGAGGCACAGGAGGCCAUCUCGGCACUGAACAAUGUCAUACCCGAGGGCGGGUCCCAGCCGCUGUCCGUGCGCCUGGCCGAGGAGCAUGGCAAGGCGAAGGCGGCGCAUUUCAUGUCACAGAUUGGCGUGCCAGCGCCAAAUGCACCACCGCCGCCACCACCACCACCGCCCCAUAUGGCGGCCGGCUUCAACAACAUGGUUCACAGAGACGGAGCUAUGGAAAAAUUACGCUCAUUAUUCGAUGCUAUAUGCGAUGCUAUCUUUGGUCUCGAUAGUGACAACUUUGCUGAUUUGCUUGACGGACUGUACCGUAGGAAGUACCAUUAUCCCUACUUAUAAUUGACACCGCAUCAGCAGCAGCAACUACAACAACAUCAGCUGCAGGCGAUUGGCAAUAGCAACAGUAAUAACAACAGUAACACCAAUAUUAACAAUAUGCUACUCUACCAUCAACAAUAUCAUCAACAACAACAAGAAAUACAACGCCUGGGCAAUACUGCUGCUGCUCAUAGUUUGAGCCCGAAUGGAGGAAUCAACAUCAACAACAACAACAACAACUUCAAUCAAUCCAAUAACAAUCUCUCCAACAAUCAUUUGGAUGUAAUACGACAGAAUGGAGUCGCUGCCCUGAAUUAUCUUCAACAACAACUGCAAUUACAGCAGCCGCAAUCACAACAGCCACUACUAUCACCACCACCGUACCAGCCACAGCCGUCGAAUGGACACUCAUCCCGUCAACAACAACAACAGCAAAAGCAUCAACAGCCCUCCAGUAGUAGCAGUCUAAACAAUGGCCACACCAACAACCAAACCAACAGUGGCAGUAAUGAAAUGCUACACAGAAAUAAUACAAACCAAGUCAACACAUAUAACAACAACAGCGGUAGUAACCAGAACAACAACAGUUACACCAAUAACAACAGUACUGGACUGCCACUCACCAACAAUUACAACAACAGCAGUAAUGGUGGACUAACACUUAACAAUAGUUACUCCAACAACAGUGGAAAUGGCCUGGCACUCAACAGCAGCUACCCUAAUAGCUGUAAAAGUGGGCUGGCACUCAACAAUACCUACACCAACAACAGUGCCAGUGGUCUGGCACUAAGCAACAGUUUCAGCAAAAUUAGUGGGAAUGCCCUGGGACUCAACAACACCAACAACAGUAACAGUGUUCUGUCGCUCAACAACUCUUACUCGAACAACAGUAGUAGUGGUCUGGCACUUAGCAACAGCUUCACCAACAACAGUGGGAAUAGCCUGUCACUCAACAACUCUUACUCGAACAACAGUAGUAGUAACAGUGGUCUAGCGCGCCAAUGCAACUCAGGCCAAAAUAGCAGUUACACCAACAAUCAGAGUCGCGCAGGCCCAACCAACUGCAGCAACGACAACAAUGGUCUACAGCAACACAACAGCAACAGCAGUCAUAACAAUCAGAGCAACGGCAGCCACAGUCGUCGCUCGCCACAAAAUGAGUUCAGCUUCAAUAUAUCGACCACUGAACAGGAGCUGCAGCAGCAAACACUCAAGCUGCAGCAACUGCACAUCAGCAACAGCUUCCAUUCAACAUCAGCAGCAACAACAAGUGAAGGAACAACAACAGCAGCCACGGCAGCCCCGACAACCACAGCCAAUCACACAUCAAAUGUUGGCUUCCUCUGGCGUACAUAGCCUCAAACGUUUAAUUAAAAGAGAAAAAAUAUAUAUAUAACAAAUUAUAUAUGAAACCCUUAUAUGGAUCAUCGUAGUAGCAGUGCCCAUUGAAACCAUUUAUCCGUAUAGAUACGAAAUCCAAAAUUUUAUGUUCUCAAACCCCGAUACCUUUUUUUGUGUAUGUUCCUCAUUCGAACUUAUAUGUUGUAGUACGUUUUUUUUUCUUUUUGUGCUUUUUUUUGGGAUGAAUCUUUUUUUUCUUUUUGUAACUAGCUGUAAGACAAGACAAUUAUCUAUAUAAAAGAAAUACAUAACUAUAUUAUAUACAUAUAGAUGGAGAGAUCUAGAUCGAAGAAAAAGGCGAUCAUUUUUUUUGCGUACACCUAGAGAAAGAACUACGAAAACACAUUUUUUUGUCACAUAUUUAUAAUUAUCAAUAAUAUACAAAAAAAAAAAAGAGUAUAUACAAGAAUACAUAUAUAUAUAUAUAUACAAAAACACACACAUAUAAUUAUAUAUCUAAUACUACAUAGCAUACUUGUAGGCGUGAAGACAUAAGCUCUGUUUUUUUUUCUCCGUGUCUGAAACUGAUUUUUUUGGCGCGAACUAUGCCGCAACAACGUACACGAAUUUCGUGUAUGUUUAUAGCUGAAGUUAAUCCAGAUACUAUAUGAUUAUCUUAUAAAUAUGGUUUUUUUUUUCAUUAUUUAUAAUCCAAUUUUUUUGUCUAUUCAAUAUAUACCGUAACCAUAAUGGACUGGAAAGGAGGCUGCGCGUGCUCAAGUUUUCAGGCUGUUUACAAAUAAACGAAAACAAAAAAAUACAAGAGAAAUACUUAGCUAGAGAUAGGCUCGAGCAGAGGGCGAACUUUGAGUGGGGAACGGCACGAGACGCUAUAUCCCCACACGAAAUUACGUAAUAUCAAUUUUUUUCAUAGCUAUAGAGAAGAAACGCUUCCUUUUUUUUUUAUAACAUAAUCGAUGUGAAAUCCACUUUUUUUUUUUAGUUUAUUUUAUGAAAAGACUUGAGCAUGUGGCAGCGAAAACGAAAGCAAGCAUUGUAAGAAGGAAAGCAAAAGAAUGAAUGAAACCACGUGAUAAAAGAGUCCGACGAAAGGAAAAUCAGAAGAGACAGAAAUACAGAGAAUAGAAAUGGAAAAGCAAAUAAAAGGAAAACAAAAGCACUCAAAAUCUUAAGCGCCUGUGGGUGAGGGGUUGAGACAACUGGUCUAGGCGUAAAAUAUGAACUAUCCAAUUUUUUAUUUAAUCAUCCCGCACUGUUUUUUGUUUUUAUUUUCAUGUACUUAGUUUUAAGUUUGUUUUUGAUUUUCGUUUCAAUUUAUUAUGAUAUUUCUUGGCCAGCCAUGCUCUCCCCCCCCCCCUAAAAGCAGAAAGCAUUCACAAUUUUUUCGGUGUAGGUGCGUAAAUUUAGGGAAAACAUAAACCCCAUAAACACCUAACAAUAUUUGUAUGCAUAAACCUAUGAAUGUGAAAACUUUUAAUUUGUCCACAGAAAAUUUUAAUUUUUGAAAAACCCAUUUAUUUCUAGUUUUAUUUCACAGUUCCACAUCUGGCUUCAAAAUAUAAUAAUUACCAACAAAUAAGCAACAAAUAUUAUCUAAUAAACAUUUUCACCAUCUGAAACAUGCACACUGAGUUUUCUUUUAGUUUAUUAGCGUUUUUAUUUCUUUUAGCCAAGACCCCUUUCCCAGAGUUUGUGCGGAAGAAAAAAUGUCAACGAAUUAGUACACUUAAAAGAAUUUUUUUUUUUUCAAAAUAAAAACUAGCUUUAAGAGAAAACGUAAGCUAAAUAAAAGUAUUUGAAAGGCGAGUCGAAACACAGUAAGAACUCGAUUGAACCUACAGCUUGGUUGUGCUGAACACUCAAACGUUACGAUUCUAAACAGAAAAAAACAAUACCCGAAUAUACCCAUAAUAGGAUUCCCGAAUAAG